GUGCCAGCAUGCCAGCGCAGCAGAAGAAGCUGAUCUUCUGCACCGCCGGGGUGCUGAGCCUGGCCUGCGCGCUGGGGACGGCGGCGGCCGUGGGCACCCAGCUCUGGGUGAGGGGCUCGAUCCUCUGCAGCACCGGAGCGCUGCUCGUCAACGCCAGCGGCCCGGAGCUGCACAAGUUCCUCGGCCACAUCCAGUACGGGCUCUUCGGCGGGCAGCGCGUGCGGCAGUGCGGGCUCGGGGGGAGACCCCUCCAGUUCUCAUUUUUCCCAGAUUUGCUCAGAAUUAUCCCUGCGAGUAUCCAUGUUAGUGUCAUUCUCUUCUGUACAGUACUGAUUGUCUUUGCCCUGGUGGGAGCAGGGUUCUUCAUGUUCAAUGCCUUUGGCAGCCCCUACGAGACUCUGCACGGCCCCCUCGGGCUGUACCUGUGGAGCUUCAUCUCCUGGAUUGCUGAAAUGAUGAGCCUCUCCCCCUCCCUUUCAGGUUCCUGUGGUUGCCUCAUCAUGAUUCUCUUCUCCUCAGAGGUGAAGAUCCACCACCUUUCAGAGAAAAUUGCUAAUUUCAAAGAGGGAACUUUUACAUUCAAGACUCACAGUGAACAGUUUGCAAAUUCCUUCUGGACCAUCCUGGUCUGCUCCCUGGUGCACUUCCUCAAUGCUCUGCUAAUCCGAUUUGCUGGAUUUGAAUUUCCCUUUUCAAAACCAAAAGAUUCAGGGACAGUCACAGGAGCGGUUGACCUGAUGUAUUAAAAUGAUGGGAUUUAAGCACAUUUCAAGCAAAGAAAUUUGUCUCUAUUACAUCAACAACCACCAUAUGAACUAACUUGUGAAUGAUUGCUCUAGGGAAGGUAAAAAAGGGGAAGUUUCAAAUAAGUGUUAAUAUGGUGCAAGCAGUGAACAAAAGAUGUGCUGUAUGGUAAUGUCUGUAUGGAAAAGUCCUUUUUCUUGGGGUAAGGUCUUAUCAAGGCAUUUUUUCCUGUAAACUGUUAAAAAAGUGGCUGGUAUGAAGAAAAAUAGAAAUCUCAGCAGUGUUGCUCUGAAUCUGGAAAGUCCAGUCAAUGGGUUGCAGUAGAAGCACACACUCACCAGCAGCAGCUCUGCCCUUCAGCCCUGGAGAAGGCCAGGAUGCAGACACGACCACGUCAGGGCAGCAGGGCCCAAGGACACCCAGCAAGGGACAGGACAACACUCAGGCUCUGCCCCAACACCCCUCAAACUCCAGCCCAAGUGCAGUGCUCAGAGGGCACAACCCGGACACCUGCACUUUGAUCUGGCUUCACAUGUAUGGCAACAGCAUCACUUCUCUUCAUGAAACUUCCUGGGUUUUUUCCUUUUAACAAACCAGACUGCUCCAAACCCAAAGUCCUGGGAGCUCUUGUUUCCCCAGCAGAUGCUGCAGCUUGGUGACAAAGCUGACGCAACACAGCAGAUGCAGGGGAGAUGCCACAUGCUCCUGCUUGCCUGAGGGAAGCAGCCAGGCUUGGCAGUACUGAACAAACCCUCUGCAGCUCACCAGGCAAAGGGCAUUUCCCAGGGCAGAGCCACAGGAGCAAGCCCAGGUACCUCCACCUUCUACUGCCCUCUCCAGAGAAUGGCCCUGCAAGGUCUCAUCAAACAAUACCAAUAAACCCCGUCAGAACCCCGGUGAAGGGCAGCAAUAGCACAGCAGACAGGCUCCUUCCUGUGCAGGCUGCAGCUCAGCAGGGGCUGAGGAACAAACACAGCAGGGUCUGGCACAGAACAGAUGGACACCUCAGCCCUCACCCCUGGACGUGCCCAAGUCAGCUAAAGCAAGAGAUGCUUCCCCAGGCAGAGCACGAUCCCACCAAGCACUGCCUCCACGGGCUUACCUGGGUGCCUUGGAGAUGAGCAGCUCCUCGCAGGACACAGAAACAGCCCUCAGAGCAAACAUGGGUGGGGAGCCCCCGCCCCCUUUGUCUGCAGGGCUGUGCCCAGCUGUGGGUGAGGAGCAAUCCCUGCCAGCAUCCACUCAGUGCCCGGGUACAGGCCACACCCAGGUACCAGGUAUCACAGCCCUCUGUGCUCCAGGAUCUACCAGCCCACAAGGUCUUACUGACUUUGAUGUAAUUUUUGUACUUUUACUGUGAAAGGAAAAACACUGCCAGGUUGUUGCAAAGGUUUGUCAGCUGUAUCCUUUCCCAAAGUAGCUCUGCCUCCACAUCUCCCUGGAUUUUAUGAAUGUGGAAUGGCCUCUGCAAGUCAGCACAACCCCCAGCUUUUUUCAUCGUUUUCUUCAUGAUCUGUAUGCAUAUUCUUUCUAAUGUUAAUGUAUGUUCUUAAAACAUAAUUUGUAUUGCGU